UCAAGUCUGGGACCUGUCAUUUCCUGAACAACCCAGAGAACUGGGAAGUUAUUUCCAGGAAGAGAAAAAAAAAACGUACUUGUGAUCUAGAGCAUUAAUAACAGAGUUUAUAGCCUCCUCUAGUUUUAUGCGUCUUGGUGCGAUCAGGCGCGCAACAGAAGGUGUGCGCAAAUGGGCGAACAUUUGUCAUUUUAACUCAGUGACCGGAAAAAAAAAAUAAACUGUGAAAAAGUUAAGUUAUACAAGAAAGAAGGAAGAUCGAGAUGUCUACUUCUUCUACUCCCGGGCGGGAGAACACGAAGAACUCCAGGAAGUUUUCAGGAGUGGCACGUGGAAAGAGACCACCGGAUCUGGAGCUCUCGGAAACCGCCUUCAAUGGGCAUGAAUCAGGAACAGCUGCGGGCAGCAACGACACAAUGCAAGGAGAAGGCAGGUCCCGUGUUGAAGCUCCCCCUGUUCACCUGGACCCCUACCUGUCUCAUCCCCGGAUGUCUGUGCGGAUGUCGGUGUACAGCACCGGGGUUCGCCCAGCUGUUACCCGCGCCUACACCCAGGGACGGGUGUACAACUUUCUGGAAAGGCCGUCUGGCUGGAAGUGCUUCAUGUAUCACUUCACAGUGUUCCUCAUAGUACUGGCCUGUCUGAUCCUCAGUGUCCUCUCUACCAUCGACCAAUUCCAAGCUCUGGCUCACACAACUCUCUUCUGGAUGGAGAUCGUCCUUGUGGUGUUCUUCGGUGUGGAAUAUUUCGUCCGCGUUUGGUCCGCAGGCUGCCGCAGUAAAUAUGUUGGCAUCUGGGGCCGACUGCGCUUUGCCAGGAAGCCAAUAUCUAUUAUAGAUCUGAUAGUGGUUGUCGCUUCAAUAGUUGUGUUGUCAGUGGGUUCGAAAGGCCAGGUUUUCGCCACCUCUGCUGUAAGAGGGAUUCGCUUCCUGCAGAUCCUGCGAAUGCUGCACGUUGACAGGCAGGGAGGAACCUGGCGUCUCCUGGGCUCAGUUGUCUUCAUCCAUCGGCAGGAGCUGAUCACUACUCUGUACAUUGGGUUUCUGAGCCUGAUCUUCUCUUCGUACUUUGUCUACCUGGCAGAAAAGGAUGCAGCUGAUAGCACAGGUUCCACUGGGUUUGGAAACUAUGCAGAUGCGUUGUGGUGGGGAGUGGUGACUGUAACUACAAUUGGCUACGGAGACAAAGUGCCUCAAACCUGGAUUGGGAAGACCAUUGCUUCCUGCUUUUCUGUGUUUGCCAUAUCGUUUUUUGCUCUGCCUGCAGGAAUUUUAGGUUCUGGCUUUGCCCUGAAGGUGCAGCAAAAGCAAAGGCAGAAGCACUUCAACAGGCAGAUUCCUGCAGCUGCCUGUCUCAUACAGACAUCGUGGAGAUGUUUUGCAGUGGAUAACUUUGAUUCUGCUACAUUCAAGCUGUUUUUGAGAAAGAAAUCCGACAUUCCUGCAUCCUCUCUUUACAGCCCGAAGCAGAAAAAAUCGGUGAAGAUGAGGAGGAAGCUGAAGAGUACUGACAAGGACAAUGGUCCAGCUUCUCCCACCGUCCCCAGCAUCACCUGUGACUCUGUGUUUGACAGCGGAAGGGAGCUAAGUUCAGAUGUUUACAGCACUGUCGGCACAGGUACUAAAACAGAACAUAGAAAACAUAAAGGUUACACCACAGCAUUUAAAAAAAAUGUUGGACCCCUAUUCAAGUUUAGAAUAUUGAAUAUUUACUUCAGGCAAUUUAUUACUGGAAACCUAAUGUUUUGACAAAUAAUAUUAAUCCAUUUGUAUUUAUUUUCAUUGCAAUAUACACACGUGUCUACUAAAAUAGCGUGUUUUGUGAUGUAAAAAUAAAACCAAGAUGUGGGAAAAUA